CAGUUCCCUCCCUCCCUCCUCGUCACCUAAUCCGCCCCGUCGCCCCCGGAAGCUUCAAGAAGGUGGACGGUCGGAGGGACGGGCUACAUGGGGGGCUGCUUCUGGUAGCUUCGGUCGCCCGCCGCGCCGCCGCCAGGUCAGUCAGCGCCGUCCCGUGCCUCGUCGGUCGCGUGGCACCCGCCCUUCUCUUACUCCUCCACCCCGUCGCUGUCGGCCCCCACCCGCAUCGCCACCGCCGGCCCCGAUCCGCCGCCGCCCUCCGCAUCCCCGCCCCCACCCUCAGCCCCGUCGCCCUCCUCUUCCUUUUACUGUAGCAGCCUCCCUCCAAACCCUAGCUUCACUCCCGGUUCGCAAGCCCCGUUGCGGCGGCUGAGCCCUCUUCUGCAGCGCCGGCGCCGGGUCGUCGGGCCAGGGAGUUUGUCGACUCGACUGGCAUUGCUGAACGAGGCAAAUGCGCCUUCAUCUCCUCAACGCCGCACACAUGUUUGGUUUCGCCACUGAUUUGGAGUAAGCGUGAUUGUGUUAUGUAAAGUGGAUUCAGAUCCAAUCCAAUGCGCGCAACAUUCCAUGCCACUGCCCACAGGAAUCCAAUUGUAAGUUUCGUCAUACUAAUUUUACGAAGCCCGUUAAUCGCGAUACCAGCAAUCCAAAAAGCUCCCCAACCCCACCCUUCUUCUUCCUCCGCCAUCGUUGCCUCCGUUCAAAAGAUUUCAGAAACCCACACCCACCUAAACCCAUGCAGUCCCUUGCGAAAUCUCGGUCGCUCGAGUCUGUCCUUCCCCUCGCCGUCCACCUCCAGUCCAUGGCGUACGUGAAUGUGACGAUGCGGUGGAAGAAGGACUCAUCGUUUGAUGCCAUCCCUGAGAUCUCCCACGCCCGCGACAUCCGCCCGCUCGUCUCCCUCGCACACAUCCUGUCCCCAUCGCCCACCCCUGUAUCUGCGGUCUCCAAGCUCGGCCCCUUGCUCGAGAUCCCAGACCGCCGGGUCACCGCUUUCCUCCGCCGCUUCCCCGCCGCCUUCGUCGAGUCCGUGGGGCAGCACAACAUCCCCUGGUUCCGUCUCUCCGAUGCCGCCACCCGACUCCUGCGGGAGGAGCGGGCCGUCUUCGCCGCCCGCCGUGCCGAUGUCUGUGCUCGCCUGCGCCGCAUCGUCUUGAUGACCCCGCGACGCCGCCUCCCGCUCCACAUCGCGCAGGGCAUGCUCUGGCAUCUUGGCAUUCCAGAGAACUACUUAAAGGACCUGGAUUAUGACAUUGCACAGGAUGGAUUCAGGAUUGUAAUUUCAGGAGAUGGUGACCAUGAGAGGGAAUUGGAGCUAAUUGACGAUGACAAGAAUGAAGAAAUGCCUUUGUCAGUUCUUCAGGUAAAUGCUAUGAGAAAGUUGGGGUCGGUGGAAGAGGUGCCUGUCCCGCUCUUCCCGUCCAAGGGUCUUCGGUUGAAGCAAAAGAUUAAGGACUGGUUGGAAGGGUUCCAGAGGCUCCCUUAUGUAUCUCCAUAUGAGAAUUUCAGCCACAUCAAUCCGGGUAGUGAUGUUUCAGAGAAGCGGGCAGUCGGGGUGCUCCAUGAGCUGCUUAGUCUGUUUGUGACAUGCUCUGCUGAGAGGCGACGGUUACGCUGCCUGCGGCAGCACCUAGGGCUGCCACAGAAGUUUCAUCUUGUGUUCGAGCGGCACCCUCAUGUGUUCUACUUAUUGUUAAAGGAGAAGACAUGCUUUGUUGUCCUCAAAGAGGCCUACAUAGCUGGAGAAGACACUGCAAUUGAGGCGCACCCCAUGUUGGAAGUGUUCAAGAAGUAUGUUGAGUUGAUGGAGCAGUCACGGGAAAUCAUAAGAUGUCGACGGAGCGGGAAGCCUAUUGAACUAGAGUCCAAGGCAUGCGGGGAUAGCUGAGAAGAAGGAUGGGAAUACAUGUGCAAAUAUGACCUCUAUAACAAGAAUGUGGAUAUGUACUCUUGGUAGGAGCUAGUUUAUUUCUCAUUAUUUGCAGAGAAAUACAUCAAGUGCUGAAACAGCUUGGUGACUAUAUUUAAUCUGCAUUCUUAAUUUCCAGUUGUUCAUUACUUGACUGUGUACUAUUGAUGUCUUAAUCACACAAUAGUUUCGUC